UUCCUGGCAUGACCUUUUCCCUUGGCAACCACUUCCUCCGAGCAUCCAACACGGCCAUCUUUAAUUUUAACUCAUUCAUGAAAAGUUGUCUGUCGCUUGUAAACAGAUCGCAGUAGCGCGGUGUUGCUCGCCAAAGAAGCAGACGGACACGGCGCAUUGUUUGUGUGUAGUUUUCCUGCGACCGCUUCCAAAAAAAAAGAACAGAGAGGCGAGCCGAGCAGCCGCUGUCCACCGAGAAUAAAAAGCAUGCGAAAGAAGCAGACUGCCAAACAGAGGAAGACUGAGGACUCGUCUGUUGUCCAGGAGUUUGUUGUUGAAAAAAUAAUACGCCGCCGUGUCUCCAACGGGAGAGUAGAGUACUUUCUAAAGUGGAAAGGAUUCACAGAUGCAGACAACACAUGGGAGCCUGAAGACAACCUUGACUGCCCUGAACUCAUUGAAGCUUUUCUUGUGAAAAACACACAUCUGACUGAAAACACUGAAGAGGAGCUGUGUCAGAUCAUGCCCAAGGAGGAAAUGACUGAGCAAGAAACUGAAAUUACCUGUCUACAGUCUCAGCAGCAGACUGACAGCAGUGUCCUCCAGCCAAAUGCUGAGCUGUCGGACUCCAAGUCUCACCUGAGCCCCCGUCAGGAGCCUGAAUGCAUCAUCGGCGCCACAGACCGAAGAGGGGAACUCAUGUUUUUAGUCAAAUGGAAAAACUCUGAGGAUGUGGCUCUGCUCCCGGCGCGUGAGGUGAGCGCCCGCUGUCCUCAGGUGGUCAUUGAUUUUUACGAGCAGAAGUUGACGUGGCACUGCAGCGAGGACGAACAGUAAGACAAGGCCGUCAUGGUGCAACGCAGAACUCACCUGCUCCUGCACCCGAAGCUCAGUUUACCCUUCAUCUAAUGCCCCUGUAGAACGGAGAUAGGCCCACUGUGUGAGAUCCCAGUGGAGGAGCAGUGUGGUGGCAGGUGUGAGAAAAUGAAAUCCCAGGGGAGGGGGCAUAGAUAUCGGGUAGAGAUGGUGCUAUGUAUCCCAUGGUGCUUGGAGGGCGAUGGACGUUUUGAUGGGAAUGUAAUGAGACCAAAACUAACAGUUGUGUUAAUUUGGGGCAGACUAACCUGUAGCAGCUUAAGUUUGUGUCGUCAUGUAGGAGACACAAUCACUGUGGAUAUGUGGUGUUUUUAAUCCCAAACAAGCAUUUACCCUGUAGUUGUAUUUAGUUAGAGUAAGAGGUGGGAGAUGUAUCUAAAAAUGAUAAUAUCACAGUUUUUUUGUUUUGUUUUUUUGGAUAUAUGCAAAAUUAGAAUAUCAAGUAUACACUAGGUCAGAAAAUUUUAAAUAUAAAUACAAUUUGCAACGUAAUUUUUCAAAUAAGGUUACAAAGUGAUCAUUCCUAACUUUUGCUUAGCUUUAUGGGAUUCUUGAACCCCAACCACAAGAUUUACUUGUACAAUUUGACACAUUUCUUAUGGAUUUCUUUAAUAUUGGAUCAUCUAAACACUAAUAGUGAUAUUCAUUUUUGUCUAUAUCAACCACCCCUAUAGAUACAAAAAUGCUGCAGAGUGAGGAGUCAUUUGUUGUUUAGUGAGUAGUCUGACUGAUCUAACUGCUGUGCCUCGAGACACUGUAACCUUUUCACUGUUGUUUAACUUGUGUCCAUUUAUAACCUUAGUUUUUCUGUAUCUUGCAGUGUUACUCUGUGACCUUUAUGGUUAAUGUGUAAUUUUGUAAAACAUUACUCAGCAGAAAAUCCCUAGUUUCAAUUUGCAGCUAUUUACCAAAAAUCAUUAACAAGAAGAUGGUAAAAGAUAAUUGGCUGCGUGAAUGCCCCUUUGGCGUCACACAUAAAAUUGGCGAGUCAUAUGAAGGUUAAAGGGAUUGUUUAAUUGCAGCACUUUAGCGACCGCCUGUUGGAUUUACAGGGCAUUGUCUUCCUGUAGCUUCAGGUCAAUGUGACUACCUGUUUUAACCUCUCCCGUCAGUGUUAUGGGACUCUGAUUUGUCCAGGAAUUCAACCUGCUACUGAUUUUACUGUAAACAACCUACUACUGUUGACCACGAAUCUGUGAAUGUUUGUGAAUAAAAUACUUUGUGCAUCUAUUA